AAACGAUCAUUAUGACUAAACAUCUUGUUUUUUUCCCGAUCACUUUUAAUCGACCUCUCGUAUUUCAACAUUGGAGUCUGUUCUUUUCCUGUGUUUCAUUUUCCUGUCAAAGCUAGCAGAGCCGUUUGAAUCAUCAUGUAAUUUGAGCGUUUCCUCUCUGAGCGCGCCUCCUCCUCUUCAGGGAGGGGAUUUAAGCCAAGUUAGAUGUUUGUCUAAUUCGGGUUUCCUGGCAGAGCAAUCAUGAACUCCACGGUGAAGAAGAUAGAAAUUGCCUACAACUCCAUCAACGAAAGGAACACCUUCACCAAUGGAGACUUCAUUACAGGACAAGUCACUGUGGAAAUGGGCAAAGACUCCCAGAUCGAGUCCCUGUUUGUUAAGUUCAAGGCGAAGGCUGAGGUGAUGUGGACAGAGACGCACGGGGAUCAUACUGUCGUGUACCACUCCAAAGACAAAUACUUCACUCAGAAACAGUACUUCAUACGAAAUAAGAAUGUCAAAGAGAAGCAGCAUGUCCAGCUGACAAACCAGAAUACUACAUCAUACCCCAGCGUUCUGGCCCCAGGAGUUCAUGUCUACCCAUUCUGCUUUCAGAUCCCUUUACAGGGUAUCCCUUCCUCCUUCAAAGGGAGUGAUGGUAAAAUUGUGUUCUCGCUGGAAGCAGAGUUGAGCAGGUCAAUGAGGAUCAACAAGAAAUCUUCCACCACUAUCAACUUUGUGGCAAAACCGGACCCAAACACCCUCCCUGGGCUGAUGACCCCUGUGCGUAAUUCAAAGGAUAAGAAAAUGCAUGUCUUCACCUCUGGGUCUGUAGCGAUGGAGGUUAAUCUUGAAAAAUCUGGUUUCUUCCAAGGGGAAGGAAUAAAGGUGGUGUCGUCCAUCCAGAACAAUUCCUCUCGGGAGGUCAAGCCCAAGUACUGCUUAUACAGAAAGCACAGCUUCUAUGCACAAGGGAAUAAAAGAUACCAUACUAAAGAUCUCGUAAAAGAGGUUGGAGCAUCCAUCCCUAAAAAAACAUCAGAAACGGUCAAACAGGUUAUUACCAUCCCCCAUGAUGCUGAGCCAUCCAUCCUCAACUGCAACAUCAUCAAAGCAGAGUACAGACUCAAGGUGUACCUUGAUAUCAAGUUUGCUUCAGAUCCAGCAAUCAAAUUUGAUAUCGUCAUCCUGCGGGGGUCCCAGGGGUCUGCUGGCUUACCACCAUCAUAUUCUGCUGCUGCUGGCCUUGGACCGGAAGCCUUUGGGAAUUCAGCCCCUGCACCAUGGAACCCAGCCCCUCCAUCAGGGAACCCAGCCCCUCCUGCAUGGAACCCAGCCCCCCCUGCAUGGAACCCAGCUCCUCCAUCAGGGAACCCAGCCCCUCCAGCAUGGAAUCCAGCUCCUCCGGCAUGGAAUCCAGCUCCUCCGGCAUGGAAUCCAGCUCCUCCGGCAUGGAACCCAGCUCCAACACCAGGGAAUCCAGCCCCUCCACCAGGGAACCAAGCCCCCCUACAACCAUCAUCAGUAUCUUCACCUUUACCUCCUUCUUAUGGCACACAUCAACUAUACCCUUCUCCAAACGAUUUUUCUCAGAAAAAGUUUUAACAAAGCUUGGUCAGUCCUCACAGAAUGGACUCUGGUGUUCAAACAUGAAGUUACGAAGAGGUCUUUACGGAGACGUCAUGUGCUUUCAAUCAUAUUUGACAUGGUUUGACUUACUUGCUUUUUUUUUUAAAUACAACUUUAAACAACUAUACUUUUAGUAAUAAAAAUGAAAGAUUUUAUUCAAGAGUAUAUAUUUUUAAUGCUUAACAGUAUGUAUUUUUAAUGCAUGCUUAAACUAAUCAGCUAACUAGACUAGGAGCAUGUGGCUGUGUCUUUCACUCUACUAAACUGCCAAAUUCAGGGAGAUCCUGUACCAAAACAGUUUUCAAAUCUAUAGAAUUAUUAUUUUAUGGAUUAGCUCUUCUAAUCAGGAUGUGCUGAAACGUCGCUGAAAAGUCAAGUUGAUCCAAAAGACUGCAGUCGGUCAUGCUUUUAAUCAAAGCUGCCCUUAAUCAGCUGCAUGGUAACACCUUUUUAAAUAGCUCCCUGCUAAAGACAUCAUAGGUUCAUGUGUUUGCAGAGCAGCAUUUACCUCACAUGGUUUGAUUGUUUCCACAAUGAGAAGCAGAGUCUUCUGCCAUCAUGUUAAGCUUGAGAAGAAGACUGCCUCAUUGCGUCAGCCUUUUCAUUGUUCUGGAUUCCUACAAAGAGGCUCAUUCUUGGAUGCUGGACCUUCACAGCUCCCCUCUUUUUCUGCGUUUUGGUGUUUCUUUUGGUGCUUUUAGGGUGGUAAAAUGAUGGUUAAUCUGACUAUGAGUUCCUUGUUCUCUACCUCACACACAGAUGCUGUGAAUUUCCCUCAAGUUUCUCCUUUCAGCAUGCUUGCUAAUAAUCUAAAUUCAUUUUUUCUAUUGUAUCAGAGGAACAAAUAUGCAAUUAACAAUACUGCAUCAUUUUGAUAGGAGAAAUGGCUAAUUUUUGACAGCAUUGUUACAUAGUUUAUUCUAAAGACAAAUUUUCUUUACUGUUUUCUGUAUAUAAUCAUAAAAUAUGAUUCAAUCUG